UUCAACUCACGUACACUUGGGGACUACUUCCAGUUAUCAACAUCCCGGCUGUUAAAGUUAGCCAAAGCACUACAGUCUUUGCCAUUGCAUAGUCUACCGAAAAGUGGAAUAGACCCCUGCAUCAGAAUGGAUGGUGAAGAAAGGACCUAUGGGGGCUGUGAAGGACCAGAAGCCAUGUAUGUGAAGUUGAUUUCUUCAGAUGGCCAUGAGUUCAUUGUGAAAAGAGAACACGCACUGACAUCGGGUACUAUCAAGGCUAUGCUGAGUGGUCCAGGUGAGGAGUCAGAAAAUGAAACCAACGAAGUCAACUUCAGGGAGAUUCCCUCUCAUGUCCUCUCCAAGGUCUGCAUGUACUUCACCUACAAGGUCCGCUACACCAACAGCUCCACGGAAAUCCCUGAAUUCCCCAUCGCCCCCGAGAUUGCACUGGAACUGCUCAUGGCGGCUAACUUCCUAGAUUGCUAAAGUUACUGAGUCAAUGCAGUAGACUAUAACACUUUUACAUGGUUAUGACUAUUUAACUUGUUUUGCCAUAAAAUCAUGUGAAACGUUUGUUUUUUUUUUGCAUCAGUAUAUCAGUCAUUGUUUUGCGUAUUAAAGAAUUUAAUUUUAAUAUAAUGUAUGAAUAUGGCAGGCUACGUUUAUUCUGAGAAUGUGACAAAUCUGUCUCUUCUACCCACCAUCUUCCCUCCACCCCCAUUUAGUAAAGAUCUCUGGACAGUGUCAAAUAUUUGUCUCCUCGUACUUGGCUGAUAUUCAAAUGUGACACACGUGAGCUACAACUAAAUUCUGGCGUUUGAAGCAUAACCUCGAAUGCGUGAAAUUAAAUUGUAUAGCAGCUGAUGAUCAGGGUUUACCCUUAUAUGCUAAUGUGAACCAUUGAUGCAGAGAUUUAGCCAGAGACUGAACUGAAAAUUAACCUCGUCGUACAGGUAGGUCUAAGUUAUGGCGAGAUAAUUUGUCAAACCCCAUAUAGGAAUAAUGAAUGUAGUGUGUUAUAUUUGCACCUAAAAUAAAAGCAGACAUUUCUGUACGAUCAA